AUGAAAGUAAUUGGGAAACUCCACGUCGAGAUUCCCUUCACCGAAGCUAUCACCCAAAUACCAUCGUAUGCCAAAUUUCUAAAAGACAUCUUAACCAACAAACAUAAGCUUGAUGAUCCUAAACCUUUAGAAUACAAUUCAAUUGUUGAAAACAAACUAGCCAAAAAGGAGAAAGACCCCAAAAGUUUUUCUAUACCUUAUGUUCUAGGAAAUCAUGUCAUUGAUAAAGCACAACUAGAUUUAGGAGCCAGUGUGAUCUUGAUAACUUUAGCUAUUUGUAAUAGAUUAAACCUAGGAGACAUGCAACCAACUAGGAUGUCCCUUCAACUGGUCGAUCAAUUAGUUAAAUAUCCAAUAGGUGUAUUGGAAGAUAUUCCAGUUAGGAUCGGACAACUGUAUAUUCCAACCGAUGUCAUUGUUAUGGACAUUAAAGAAGACGACAAAAUCCAUAUCCUUCUAGGUAGACCCUUCUUAUCAACUGCUGGAGCCAUAAUAGAUGUCCAAAGAGGAAAAAUUACUUUCGAGGUAGGGGAUGAAAAAGUAGAAUUUAUCUUAUCCAAAUUUAUAAUGGCACCUUCCAUAGAUGACUCAUAUUGUGCCAUCAAUAUCAUCGACAAGUGCAUAAGAGAACUAAACCAAGACCAAGAAACACUCACCGAAAUGAUUAAACUACCCUCAACACCUAUGAUGGAGGAUGAUGGUUUUAAAUCCAUGACACCCUUCGUUGAUGACAACCUUCAUGAAUGCUUGGCACUCACCACUGACCAUAUGCCUAGUCCUAAGAAACAAUUAUUACAGCUUAAGGAACUCCCAAAGAGCCUAAGAUAUGAAUUCCUUGACGAAGAACUAAAUCAUCUAGUUAUAGUAAGUGCAACCCUUAAUAAGGAUGUAACUAAUCAACUCUUAGAUAUCUUAAGAAAAUAUAAUGCAGCUCUAGGUUAUAACAUUUCCGACCUUAAAGGGAUAAGUCCUUCUGUGUGCAUACAUCGAAUUAUGCUAUAG